AUGACCUUUCCCAACAUUGCAACAUGGAAUAUACGCGGGUUUAACGACCCUGUCAAAGUAAAAAGCUGCAAAACUCUUGUCCAAACCCACAAUCUUGAUCUCCUCUUCAUCCUUGAAGCCAAAAUUACCCCUAAUAACCUCCACAACGAUUGGUUUUUGGCCAACCAUCAAAUUUUCUCAAUAGAAGGUAACUGUGACAAUUUUCAGGUUUCCAACCCGGGCCGCAUCUGGGUUAAGUGGAACAAGGGCGCUUUAAAUUUUAGCCCUCUUCUUGUGACUAACCAACUCGUUCACGGUACAAUUACUACUAAUGCUAAUGCAGCUUGCAGGAUUACUGUUGUUUAUGCUAGUAACUCUUAUAAUGAAAGGCAAUCUUUAUGGAAAGAUAUCCAAAAUUUGGCUGGUUCUAUCAAUUCCCCUUUGGCUGUUUUGGGGGACUUUAACUGCUGCCGUGAGCUGGAAGACAAAAUUGGGGGCACUCCUUUGACAGUUUCUAAAAUGGGAGAUUUCAAUAACAUGGUAUUUAAUGCUGGCAUCCAUGAUUUAUCCUCUGUUGGGCACUUCUUUACUUGGCACAAUCAGCAGCCUCAAAAUCCCAUCCAUAUUAAACUAGAUCGUGUUCUAGUUAAUGACAAAUGGCUCGACUACUUUCCCAAUUCUUUCUACAAAAUUGAGGACCCGGAUUGCUCUGAUCACUCCCCUCUCAUUUUAGUCUGCUCUACUGACAACAAACGUGGCCACCGCUUCUUAUAUAAAAACUACUACACAAGGUUUCCUGAAUUUUGGGCUUGCCUUUUGGAGAUUUUCUCUCUUCCCAAUAAGAGUAGUCCCCUAAGCUCUUUCAACUUCAAGCUCAAAACUCUUAAGAAUGCUAUGAAGCACAAAAGCUGGACCAAUGCCAAUCAGAUCCAAAGAGACAUUGACAAUUUUAAAAAUCUCCAACACUCUGUUAUUUCUCAAAUUCAAAGCAGCCCACUCGAUUUGGCCUUGAAUGGCAGGCUCAACCUAAUCAAUACAAAUCUUGCGUUUUACCAAGAUGCUCUCUCUAGAUGGAUUAUUCAAAGAGCCAAGAUUAAAUGGCUCACCCAUGGCGAAGACGAUUUGAAAUUUCUCUAUUCCAAAAUCAACAUCACCAAAAACUACAAUAGGAUCAAGGCUAUUUCCAAUGAUCAGGGCACCUACACCAAGCAUGAAGAUAUUUCCAAUGUUUUUAUUAAUCACUUCAAGAAUCUCUUCAAUUCCCCAGCUACCAACCAUCUUUCUUCUGAUAUUUCUGCUGGGAAACGGAUUCCUAUUCACCUCACCUCUUCCCUUAUUGCCCCGCACCAACUUUAUAGAGCUGUCAAUUCCUUCUUUACCACUGGUUUCAUGCCUAAUCAGAUUAAAGCAAUUGCUAUUGCCCUUGUCCCUAAGCAAACUCAUGCUUCCAAUGUCAAAGACUAUAGACCUAUUGCCAUAUGCAAUGUCAUUUACAAAAUCAUUGCAAAUAGAAUGAAGAUGGUGAUGCCGCAUAUUAUCCACCCUAAUCAAGGUGGUUUCAUUCACAAGAGAAUCAUUUCUGACCAUAUCAUUCUGGCCACUGAUAUCCUUGGUCGGUUAAACCUUAAAGCCAACCACAAAUACUUAUGUGCCAAGUUUGACAUCACUAAAGCAUUUGACAUGGUGUCUAGAGAUUUUCUUUACAAAAGAUUAGAAGAUAAAGGCUUCCCUAGCUUGUUUACCUCUUGGAUCAAAGCUUGCACUUCCAACGUACACUUCUCUAUCUGCAUUAAUGGGGUGCUUGAAGGCUAUUUUAACUCCUCUUCGGGUAUCAGGCAAGGUUGCCCUCUAUCUCCCUACCUCUUCUCUAUCAUCAUGGAUGGUUUGUCCUCUAUUUUUGAAGGUGCUACUGCUAGCAACUCCCUUCAAGCUAUCAAGGUUGAAAGGUGUGAGGUCUCUCACCUUAUGUUUGCUGAUGAUCUUUUAGUGUUUUGCAAGGCCACUGUGAGGAAUGCCCACACUAUUAAUUCCAUUCUUAAAGAAUUUACUACUGUCACCGGCCUCAAUGUGAAUCCGCUUAAAAGUUCUAUUCUGCUUUCUAAGAACACUCAGGCUGCUGAUGACAUCUGUAAUAUCCUUAAUGUUCAGCAAUCUAUUUUGCCCAUUAAGUAUCUGGGUUUACCUAUUUUCUAUAGGAAACUGAGACUUUGUGACUUUAAUCCUUUAAUCCAAAGGAUUACUUCUCAGUUAGAGGGCUGGAAAGCAAAAUUACUAUCAUUGGCUGGGCGUGUGCAGUUCAUUAAAUUCACUAUUUCUAACACCUUGGCAUAUUGGAUUCGUGGCUCUAUCAUACCUAAAGCUAAUGAGAUCAAAAACAGUCUUGCUCUUUCUGUAAAUGCCUCCAGCAAUCUAUCUUUCUUCUGGGAUCCUUGGUGCAGGGGAAUUUCGGUGGCUGACCAUUUGAGGAGCAUGAAUAACACUUCCAGUUUUACCUCUCCCUUUGACUGUACUGUCUCCCAGCUUAUUUUAGCUGAUAAUUGGAACCUCCCUAAUUGCUUGGGCAACCAAAUGGCUGCUAUCAUCCAUUCGGUUCCUAUCGAUUCUUAUAAUGAGAACCACCUCUGGAAUAACAAGCAAAACCCAUCUUUUAACGAUUUCAAUUCUCAGUUUUAUGAAAACCUGAACGUGGUUCCUUGGCAUAAGUACAUUUGGCACAAACACAAUGCCCUUCGUUUCUCGGUCUAUGCUUGGAUGAUGUUUAAUGGGGGCUUAAAAACUGCGGAUGUUCUGGCUGCUCGGGGUAUUUUGGUUCCAAAUACAUGCUGUUUUUGUCAUAAUGAUAGGGAGUCUAUUACCCACUUAUUCUAUGAAUGCAGCUACAGUUUUGACAUUGUUAGAGCUCUUUUCCCCUGGACGCAUAAUCUUUUUAUGAGGCCUAACUUUCACCAGGCUUAUGAUAGCAUUUGGGAGCAAGGAUACCCCGAGAGGAAAAACGUCGCCUUUGAGAGAUUUGAGAAUAGCAUAGCCUUCCUUAUGGCUUCGGCUGUUCAGCACAUUGACGUCUAUGGCCGCUAG